UAAAAAGAACUGACUAUAGUUAAUUUUCAGGAUGCCAUUAAUUCCGCAUCAUCGAUGACUCAAACAUUGAGUGGAGAGUUAGCUGAUGGUCAAAAGAAGUUGCUUACUCUUGCAGUUUCUGGAGCUAAUUCCAAUUCACCAAAUCCACUGAUUACCCACAUGAGUAAUGGACCAUUACUGCACGAGAAGCUUGAGGUUCCUGUUGAUCCAACCAAAGAACUAUCUAGAUUGUUAACGGAGCGCAAGUACGAGGAAGCAUUCACUGCGGCUUUGCAAAGAAGUGAUGUGUCUAUUGUAGCGUGGUUAUGUUCUCAGGUUGAUUUACCGGGUAUUUUGUCGAUGAAUCCUCUCCCGUUGAGUCAAGGAGUUCUUAUUUCGCUUCUUCAGCAGUUGGCCUGUGAUGUUAGCAGUGAAACAGCCCGAAAACUGUCCUGGAUGAGGGAUGUGCUAACCGCCAUAAAUCCAACUGAUCCAAUGAUUGCAGUGCACGUGCGACCUAUCUUUGAGCAAGUAUAUCAGAUACUAAUCCAUCAUCGGAAUCUUCCUACGACAACCCCUGCUGAACUUUCAAGCAUUCGGCUGAUUAUGCAUGUCAUCAACUCGAUGCUGAUGACCAGUAGUAAAUGAUUUCAAGAAUCGCGCAAUUAUGCAUGGAGAAUAUUCAAGUUUGUACAAAUCGUAGGAAUAUUCAUGGAGGGGCAAAAAGUACUGUAGAGUUGAAGUCCUCACCUGCCUUUUUAUACCAACUUGUUUUUAUUUUAUUUCUUUGAGGUAAAUCUGUAGUCUGGUCCGUUGGAUUUUUGGCUUGUUACGUAGUUUUCUUUUUGGGGUGGAAGUAUUUUGUAUACGAAUUUUUGUACUUUGUACACUGUUGUCUUUACUGCAAUUUCAAGGAGAUUAACAUCUUGGUUCAAUUA